CGCUGCUUCUAAGCUCGGACAAGUGAAAGGCAACUCGGUCAAGGUCACUCGCAUUUACCCUAUGCGUCGCAUGAUUCAAUCUCUUGCGGGAAGGCACGGAUCCAUGAUCAAGUCGACAAAGCCUACCGCCAAGACACCCGCCCUACCCCAGACUGCCGCUGGAAUCGUGUCAUCCAUCGACAAUCAUGUGCGACAAGUCGCUCGCGAUGACCCCAUGAGUCGAACCGAUUCCUUGGUCUCUCGAGCACUUCUGACUGCAGAGGUUGAUCCAGGCUUUCAUACUCUCAUUCAACUCCGAGGCAAAGCAAUUCUCACCGAGGAAGAAUGGAAACUCCUGACCGUCGAAAUCCACCGCUUGAUCGCCUCCGUUUUAGCCACGGUCAACAUCAUUGUCGGCACCCCAGUUGCGCUCGGUCAGUUGGGUAACUGCUCCAAGCUGGUCACUGAAGAGGUAAAGAAGUGGGAUGCGGAUGUCAUCGUCAUCGAUGAGGCAGCGCGUAUGCCGGAGGCUCAAGCUUGGAUCCCGAUUGCAACCUUUGACACCAAGCUUGUCAUCAUGAUGGGAGACACCCGCCAGUUCAAGCCCAUGUCCAAGAGCCUCGACAAUCAGGGACAGGGGGCUGACGAUGCCAAGUGGCAUUCUACCUUCGGGCCACAGCGCGUCAUGUCCUUGCUCUGAGCUACUUCGCGUUCGGGGGAAGGGUCGUGCGGAGCGUAUUCCCGCUG